AUGGCCGUGCUGCCGCUCCGCCGGGCGCUGCUGCUGUGGCAGCUGCUGGCGGCGGGCGGCGCGGCGCUGGAAAUCGGCCGUUUCGACCCGGAGCGCGGGCGCGGGCCGGCGCCUUGCCAGAUGAUGGAGAUCCCCAUGUGCCGUGGCAUCGGCUACAACCUGACCCGCAUGCCCAACCUGCUGGGCCACACGUCUCAGGGCGAGGCAGCCGCCGAGCUGGCCGAGUUCGCGCCGCUCGUGCAGUACGGCUGCCACAGCCACCUGCGCUUCUUCCUAUGCUCGCUCUACGCGCCCAUGUGCACGGACCAGGUCUCGACGCCCAUCCCCGCCUGCCGGCCCAUGUGCGAGCAGGCGCGGCUGCGCUGCGCGCCCAUCAUGGAACAGUUCAACUUCGGCUGGCCGGACUCGCUGGACUGCGCCCGGCUGCCCACGCGCAACGACCCACACGCGCUCUGCAUGGAGGCGCCCGAGAAUGCCACGGUGGGCCCUGCGGAGCCCCACAAGGGCCUGGGCAUGUUGCCCGUGGCGCCGCGGCCCGCGCGGCCCCCCGGCGACGCCGCCCCGGGCUUGGGCGGUGGCGGCACCUGCGAGAACCCGGAGAAGUUCCAGUACGUGGAGAAGAGCCGCUCGUGCGCGCCGCGCUGCGGGUCGGGCGUCGAGGUGUUCUGGUCGCGGCGCGACAAGGACUUCGCGCUCGUCUGGAUGGCCGUGUGGUCGGCGCUGUGCUUCUUCUCCACUGCCUUCACCGUGCUCACCUUCCUGCUGGAGCCUCACCGCUUCCAGUACCCCGAGCGCCCCAUCAUUUUCCUCUCCAUGUGCUACAACGUCUACUCGCUAGCGUUCCUCAUCCGCGCGGUGGCUGGGGCCCAGAGCGUGGCCUGCGACCAGGAGGCGGGUGCGCUGUACGUGAUACAGGAGGGACUGGAGAAUACGGGCUGCACCCUCGUCUUCCUGCUGCUCUACUACUUCGGCAUGGCCAGCUCGCUGUGGUGGGUGGUGCUGACCCUCACCUGGUUCCUGGCCGCCGGCAAGAAAUGGGGCCAUGAGGCCAUCGAGGCCCAUGGCAGCUACUUCCACAUGGCGGCCUGGGGCUUGCCAGCCCUCAAGACCAUCGUUAUCCUGACACUGCGCAAGGUGGCGGGGGAUGAGCUGACCGGGCUUUGCUACGUGGCCAGCAUGGAUGCGGCUGCGCUUACCGGCUUUGUGCUGGUGCCCCUCUCGUGCUACCUGGUGCUGGGCACCAGUUUCCUCCUGACCGGCUUCGUGGCCCUCUUCCACAUCCGCAAGAUCAUGAAGACAGGUGGCACCAACACGGAGAAGCUGGAGAAGCUCAUGGUCAAGAUUGGAGUCUUCUCCAUUCUCUACACGGUUCCCGCCACCUGCGUCAUUGUGUGCUACGUCUAUGAACGCCUCAACAUGGACUUCUGGCGCCUGAGGGCCACAGAGCAGCCGUGCUUGGCAGCCACCACGCCCGGUGGCCGGAGGGACUGCUCACUGCAAGGGGGCUCCGUGCCCACGGUGGCUGUCUUUAUGCUCAAAAUCUUCAUGUCGCUGGUGGUGGGCAUCACCAGCGGCGUCUGGGUAUGGAGCUCCAAGACUUUCCAGACUUGGCAGAGCCUGUGCCACCGCAAGAUGGCAGCUGGCCGGGCCCGGGCAAAGGCCUGCCGGGCCUCAGGGGGCUAUGGCCGUGGCACUCACUGCCAGUAUAAGGCCCCCACCGUCGUCUUGCACAUGACUAAGACGGACCCUACUCUGGAGAACCCCACACACCUCUAGGGACACAGGCCUGCCUGGGGCGGCUGUUGCCCCCUCCUAGCCCCCCUCCGGAGGAGACAGCUGACUAGCAGCUGCCCAGCUGUCAAGGUCAGGCAAGUGAAUGCAGGGGGGCCCAGGUCCAGGGCGGGUAGACUCUUCUUCAACCCUCACUUGUCAGGACCCAGUGAGGCUCACUCCCCUGUAACCUAGUGCAGGGGUUGGGCCUGGCUGGGUCCCCACAGGGUACUGGGGCAGAGGUAAUGUGGAGAGGAGAGGUACAAGGGGGCGUGGUGCAGCAGGGAGUUUAUUUAAUGAUGUAAUUUAUUGUUGAGUUUCUCUGGAAGCUGUGACUGGAAUAAACCCCCGUGUGGCACCGCUGAGUCCUCUCUGGGCUGAGACGGGAAAGGUAGGAGGGGAAGGGCCCUGCAGGAGUCUCCCUUGUGAGCAGAGCUGGGGGUGGGUGCUGGGUUCAUCCCCUGGCUCUCCAGCAAUCAGGAGGACAUCCUGCUGUGAAACAGCUGUGUUUUGCAGGAGUCCCAGAUUCUCCUGGAGUGAGUUUUCCCCUCUGGCCUAUCUGCUCCGUUUGGCAACCUGCUUGCCUUUCUGAGCCCUGGGUUUCCGCUGCCCAAGGUGAGACUGGGCUGCUUGCUGGGAUACUCAGGGAAUCUCCUGGGAUGACACUCCCACCUUUGGCCCUGGGGAAA